AUGUGCUGCAGGCAAAAUCUGUUGGCAGCUGCUCCAUGUGGGGCAAACAGCAAUGGCAGUGGUAUGGCAGACAUCAGGCCCAGAGCAGAGGACAAGGAGGCCAGGACCAGGUCAGGCCCACAAGCUGGCUGGUGGCGCACCAUUGCACCAUUGCCUGAGGAAUCCAAGAGGCAACCUGGGUUUGAGCCAGCAGCACCAGGUUUGAAAUGCUGUGCCACGGGGAAGAUAAGUACUUGGUUCCCGGCCCGGAAGGCGCGCGGGUCAGAGCUGUGCGUUAACCCGGCUGGAUGGAGGCGGAGGCGGUGGCCGCGUCCAUGCCAGCCCCGGGCGGGCGUCUCGACCGCCGUGUCUUUGGCCCUGGAGACGGCACGGUGGAUGGAGAAAGCGAUGCGCAUGGCCAAAGACGCCCUUGAAAAUACCGAAGUCCCUGUUGGCUGUCUUAUGGUCUACAACAAUGAAAUCGUGGGGAAGGGAAGAAAUGAAGUGAAUCAAACCAAAAAUGCUACUCGACAUGCAGAAAUGGUGGCCAUUGAUCAAGUCCUAGAUUGGUGUCAACGAAAUGGCCAGAGUCCUUCUGCUGUGUUUGAACGUACCGUGUUGUAUGUCACUGUGGAACCCUGCAUUAUGUGUGCAGCUGCUCUCGGCCUCAUGAAAAUCCCGCUGGUCGUCUCCCGCUGUCAGAAUGAACGAUUUGGUGGCUGUGGCUCCGUUCUAAAUGUUGCCUCUGCUGACUUACCAAAUACGGGAAAACCAUUUCAGCGCAUCCCUGGAUAUCGGGCUGAGGAAGCUGUGGAACUGUUAAAGGCCUUCUACAAGCAAGAAAAUCCUAAUGCACCAAAAUCAAAAGUUCGGAAGAAGGAAUUUCAGAAAUCCUGA